UAUGAUAUGACCAUCUUGCAAUAUAAACUGGCUUCAAUCAGUAGGCGAAUUACUAAGUUAUUGAAGAUAGAUCUGUAUCAACAAAACAUGACGCGAAGAAAACAAGUCAUAGAAGAUGAAUCUAAUGAAGAUCAUGAAAUAAGUUGGAAACUAAGAAGCCAUCCACCUGCACACUACACAUUCAAGAUUGAAAAUUUCUCUUUGCUUUCCGAUGCAAAAGCCGAGUGUUUCCAUUCUGCGGAUUUUGAAGCUGGGAGCUAUAACUGGAAGUUAUGUGUGUAUCCUGGAGGAAACAAGAAAAAAAACGGGGGUGGAUAUAUAUCUUUAUAUCUAGUUCUCUCUAAAUCCAACCAACUCGCUUUCAAUCAAGAGGUUAACGUAACUUUCAAGCUGUUUGUUUAUGAUUAUAUUCGCAACAAGUACUGGAAUCUUCAAGAUGAGACGGUAAGGCGGUUUUGUGGAAUUAGAAGCAAAUGGGGAUUUGACAAACUUCUUUCUCUCACUCAUUUCAAAAAUAAAUCCAAUGGAUACUUAAUGGAGGAUUGUUGCAUUUUCGGUGCUGAGAUUUUUGUCAUAAAAAAUGCCAGUAAAGGAGAGUGUUUGUCCAUGGUGAAGACUCCUGCAUACAAUACGUAUACAUGGACAAUUGAAAAUUUUUCAAAAUUGGAUUCAUUAGAAUUGACCAAUUCCAAAGUGUUUGCCAUCGGUGGCAGUAAAUGGAGCAUAAUUCUUUAUCCAAAAGGGGGUUCAAGAGCGAAAGGUAAAAGCAUAUCUUUAUUUUUAAAACUAGAGGAUCAUGCCAGUUUUGAGCAUGGAAGAAAGUUGUAUGCGGAAUUCACGCUACGAGUACGGAAUCAUCCUUUGAUAAAACAUCAUGAAUUGGCAGGUCAUAGUCAGUUCGAUUCUAGUAGUAACGUUUGGGGUUUUCCAAGUUUUAUGCCUCUGAUUGAUCUCAAUGACACAACAAAGGGCUUUAUACACAAUAAUACUUUGAUGGUGGAAGUAGAAAUUCAAGCUAUGACCGUAAUUAAAGGGUUGUCCUGAAGCAAUGCAUAUUCCAACUUUUUUAGCCGUCUUUGGAAUUGAAUAAUCUUUGUUUUAACGUUUCAUUUAUGAAUGAUAUGCAAUUCUUUUGUUUUUUAUAUGCUGCAUUAUACCAUGA